AUGGAGAGGUUGCAAAUACAAGCUGAUGAAGGGGCGCUCGAUGCUUUUGUUUCCAUUGUGACAGGUCCACCAGGGCCAAAUCCAGUGCAGUUAAUGCCGAGAAUCUCCUUUCCUGUCCUACUGUUAUGGGGUGAUCAAGAUCCAUUUACUCCACUUGACGGGCCUGUCGGUAAAUACUUCUCGUCUCUUCCUUGCGAACAACCAAAU